UUUCAGGGUUGGUUAAAAACUUACGGCUACUUACUUCCAUCUGACAGCCAAAUGUCUGCCUUGCAGUCGGGAAAAGCGGUGCAGUCCGCAGUUGCCACUAUGCAACAGUUUUACGGGAUCCCAGUAACAGGAGUUUUGGACCAGACAACUAUUGAGUGGAUGAAGAAGCCUCGAUGUGGAGUUCCAGAUCAUCCCCAGCUACGCCACAGCCGGAGGAAAAAGCGGUAUGCCCUAACUGGACAGAAGUGGAGGCAGAAGCAUAUAACCUACAGUGUACACAACUAUACCCCCAAGGUUGGAGAGAUCGAUACGAGGAGAGCCAUUCGUCAGGCGUUUGAUGUGUGGCAGAGAGUGACACCACUUACCUUUGAAGAAGUCCCUUACCAUGAAAUUAAAAAUGACAGAAAGGAGGCAGACAUUAUGAUAUUUUUUGCUUCGGGUUUCCAUGGAGACAGUUCUCCGUUUGAUGGAGAGGGUGGAUUUCUAGCUCACGCUUACUUUCCUGGACCAGGAAUAGGAGGAGAUACUCACUUCGACUCAGACGAGCCGUGGACCCUGGGAAAUUCUAAUCAUGAUGGGAACGAUCUCUUCCUGGUGGCAGUCCAUGAGCUGGGACACGCGCUGGGUCUGGAACACUCCAAUGAUCCCAGUGCCAUCAUGGCUCCUUUCUACCAGUACAUGGAAACGCACAACUUCAAACUGCCCCAGGAUGACCUCCAAGGAAUUCAGAAAAUCUAUGGUCCUCCUAUUGAGCCUCUGGAGCCAACCAGGCCUUUACCGACUCUUCCUGUUCGCAGAAUUCACUCCACUUCGGAGAGAAAACAUGAGAGACAUCCAAGACCUCCUAAUCCUCCUCUGGGUGAUCGGCCGUCCCCUCCUGGCACGAAGCCCAACAUCUGUGAUGGCAACUUUAACACCGUGGCUCUCUUUAGAGGAGAAAUGUUUGUUUUCAAGGAUCGCUGGUUCUGGCGGCUGCGCAACAACCGCGUGCAGGAGGGGUAUCCCAUGCAGAUCGAGCAGUUCUGGAAAGGCCUCCCCGCAAAGAUCGAUGCAGCCUAUGAGCGCUCCGAUGGAAAAUUUGUUUUCUUCAAAGGGGAUAAAUACUGGGUUUUUAAGGAGGUGACGGCAGAGCCGGGCUACCCCCACAGUCUGGUGGAGCUGGGGAGCUGCCUGCCCCGGGAAGGCAUCGACACGGCGCUGCGCUGGGAGCCCGUGGGCAAAACCUACUUCUUCAAAGGUGACAGGUACUGGAGGUACAACGAGGACAAGAGAGCAACGGACCCGGGGUACCCAAAACCCAUCACCGUGUGGAGAGGAAUCCCUCAGGCUCCACAGGGAGCCUUUAUCAGCAAAGAAGGCUUUUAUACCUACUUCUACAAAGGGAAGGAGUACUGGAAGUUUGAUAACCAGCGGCUGAGCGUGGAGCCGGGCUACCCCCGCUCGAUCCUCAAGGACUGGAUGGGCUGCAACCAGAAGGACGUGGAACGAAGCAAAGACCGGCGCCUCCCCCACGACGACGUGGAUAUUAUGGUGACAAUAAACGAUGUGCCUAGCACUGUCAAUGCAAUCGCAGUUGUCAUCCCGUGCAUUUUGUCUCUGUGUAUCCUUGUCUUGGUAUACACGAUCUUCCAGUUUAAAAACAAAGAGGUGCAGCAAAACGUUGUGUAUUACAAAAGACCUGUCCAGGAGUGGGUAUGACACAGCCCGCUGCACAGCUCAACUCAUUGCUCUGAUGAGGACUAUGGACUGAAAUAAAAAGGAAAAAAAAAAAAAAAAGCAUUCAAAAGCCUAUCAAACAAAACUACUUCAGUGACCUACGAGUUUUGGACAGCCUGGGACUGAAAGAAGCAGGAAAACUGGAAAAAAACCACAGGCAGCCUUGCAGUGCGGAACCGCUUUCCUUCUCACUGCCUCGGUGGCGUGUCUCGGUGUGCCAUCCUCCAUGGGCUCCCUCUGCCACUGCAGAGCCUCCAAGGCAGGUUACAGCCCACCCGGGAAUCUUCCCUCAGUUCCCUGCACCAGUGCUCCCUGUUAAACCCAGCAUUCUCCAGUGUAGCUCAACCACCUCUGAACAGAACCAUUUUUUUAAUAGCUGUCUCAUAAAUGAAUUAAGAUCAUGAAAUCUAUGAACAGGAACAAUUCAGUAUCGUAAGCAGAAGACAUUCUGAUGCUGAACCAUUCUAAAAGAUCUUCUUAGUUUAUUACAAGAUCCAGGGAAUUGCCUGGAUACAAUUUUCCAAUACCUGCUGGUCAGAUGUUUUGUACAUUCAUAACUAAUCGACGCUGCCACUCAGCACCGUGCACGAGGAACCACGACGCACUCAGAGAGGUCUGUGAGUGCAGAGCAGAAGCUCAAGAAGCACCAAACCAGACACCAUAACGUUACCUGGCAACGACAAGCCCCAGAUUGGGACAAACUGAAGACAAAGUAAUUGGGUCUUAAGAAAAAACAAAAACCACAAAAACCAACAAUCAUGGGAAUACAUGUUUUUGUUUCGGGAGCCAUUCAGGAAAGAAAUAUUUAAAAUGUCAUGUGAUGUUGUUUUAAGCUCCCAUCAGUGAGAAACAAUGAACCGAUGGUUACCGAUACUCUGAAAAACCUGUAUAGCCGUAGACUACCCCCGAUAAGUUGCUGGGAAAAGGUGAAUUGUUGUUCUGUGGCAUGUGUUAACUAGAUUGUGGAAUUUGUAUGUUGGGUUUCAGGAGAAUGGAAAUGUUCGUUUGGAGUGAGAUCGUCAUUAUAUUUUGCUGAAAUAGUCAAGAUACAGUAAGAAUUAGGCCUGUUUAUAAAACUAAAUGCAGUCCCUGUAGAUGUUACAAACAUUGUAUGCCUUCAGAAUUUGGGUUUGGUUUUUUGGUUUUUUUUUUGGUUUUUGCUCACUUGUCCACAGGCAGAUAUUUGUCAAGGCCCAAGGGAAGCAUGUCACACAGCAGAGUGAGUCCAUCACUGGCCACAUUUGACAGGCGUAAAAAAUUUGGGUAAAGUGUAGAUAAAUACCUGGACUUUGGGCUCAUAUCUCUUCACGAGUCUCUGCCUCCAACAGGAGCUUCUGCUCAUCCCUCCUACAGCUGUGAAGGGCUGAGGAUGUUGGGUCCUACCCCCAAACUCAGUCCGUUCUGUUGUUGAUGCUGAUAUUUCUGCCGCGUUAAAUAAGAGCGGGAGAGGCGUGUCUGGCCGUGCCAUGGUGAGGGCCAGCCCUGUACAGAAAUGCCAUUCACACAAGCACACAAACUGCUUUGCACGCUCACUAUGAGGAGCAGGCGAUUAGUGUAAGCCCUCUGCCUAUAAUGGAAUUUCAUCCAGUGCAAUUAAGUGCCAGUGCACAAAACGUCCAGUUAGUAGAGAAAAAAAAUCCACCUUUAAAACAUCAGCUGUGAAAAAAAACCCCACAAAACCCAAGGGUGACAAACAUGCUAAAAAUACUCCUAAUUGCACUGACGGGAAAUGAAGAAGCAGAAAGAUUGUCAGUGUUCUGAAUUUCUAGCUAGUGCUCAGAUAUUGCUGUGGUGAAGCAGGAUAGACAAAUAGAUACUUCUCAUGAUGCCCACCAGGACUGCGCAACACGUGGUCUCAAACUGUAUUUUGUCCUUCAUAAUUGAUUUCCAUAGCCAAGCUGUUUAUUGUGUUGAAACAUUUAAAAAAAAAAAAAAAAAAAAAAGAA